AUGAAUCGAGAUGAUUCAUUCGCUAGAGGAAUAUUUAGCGGCAAAGUAAAAACCAAACGAUUCCAUCCUUAUCUUGAUACAUUAAAUGACGAAGCGAGAGAGACAUUAAGGAUAAUGUUAAAUAAUUUCGAAAAGUAUUUUGCUGAAGUUCAUGAUGCCAAACAGAACGAUACCGAUGAAACUACUCUAGAAAAACCAUUUGCUAUGUUUAAGGAAAUUGGAGGACUGGGACUUAAAGCUCCAGAGAAAUACGGUGGACUUGAGUUCAAUUAUGCCCAAUUUAGUCGAGUGGUAGAAGUAUUUGGAAAGUAUGAUUUAUCAUUUACGAUUACUGCGGGUGUACAUCAAUCUAUUGGAUAUCAAGGCCUUGUGUUAUUUGGUACUGAAGAGCAGAAGCAAAAAUAUCUACCUGAUCUGGCUGCAGGUAAAAAGAUAGCAGCUUUUGCCCUAACGGAACCUACAGCAGGUUCAGAUGCUGCUGCUUUACGGACUAAGGCAGUUCUGGAUAACGAUGGUAAGCAUUACAUAUUAAAUGGUAAUAAAUUGUGGACUACCAAUGGUGGCAUUGCCGGUAUCAUCACUGUUUUUGCACGAGUUGAACGUAGAAAAGAAGAUCCUGAAGACACGGCUGAAGGCAUAACAGCUUUCAUUAUAGAAAAAGAUUUUCCUGGCGUAUCCAAUGGUCCUCCAGAAAAGAAAAUGGGUUUGAGGUCGUGUAAUACUGCAGCUCUUUAUUUUGAUAAUGUCAAAGUUCCAGUCGAGAAUGUAAUAGGGAAAGUAGGAGAAGGUUUUAAAAUUGCUCUGAGUAUUGUCAAUACUGGUCGAUUUGGAAUAAAUGCAUCUUUAGUGGGCACAACUCGGGAGUUAGUUCGCCGGGCUAGUGAUCACGUCAACACUAGGGUUCAAUUUAAUCAAAAAUUAAUCGAAUUUCAAGCGAUUCAAGAAAAAUUAGCCAAAAUGGCCAUGUUUCAUUAUGCGAUUGAAUCGAUUACACUUUUCCUUUGCAAUAAUAUGGAUGGAGGUAUAACGGAUAUUCAGCUAGAAACCGCCAUGAGUAAAAUAUUUACAACAGAAGCUGCUUGGUAUUGUAUCGAUGAAUGUAUUCAAGUUUUAGGUGGGAAUGGAUAUAUGAGAGAUAAUGACAUUGAACGCCAUUUACGAGAUGCUCGGGUAUUUCGUAUUUUUGAGGGAGCUAACGAUACUUUAAGAUUAUUUGUUGCGUCUACUGGUAUUCAAGCAGCCGCUAAGAGAAUGAGAGAGAGUCAGAAAUCAAUGAAAGACUGUGGAUCGCAAGAAUCAGAUAAAGAGCAAGGUAAUAGUGAUUUAGUUGAAGCCGUUGCCACUCCUUUACGUGAUUCUGCAUUGAAAGUUACACAACGUGUUGAAGAAUUUUCAUCAGCAGUCAAACUAUUGCUACACAAGCAUGGCAAAGAUAUUGGCAAUCAGCAAUUUUUAUUGACACGUUUGGCUAAUUCUGCUGUCGAUUUAUUUGCUAUGACUGCUGUACUUACUAGAGCUACUGGUGCCAUUAAUAAAGGCUUGGCAAGCUCUAAUCACGAGCAGCUAUUAGCUAAGACAUUUGUAGUUGAGGGCUGUACACGCGUAAAAAGAGAUCUUCAAGCAAUUAAAGAUCCGGAAAAUUUAACCACUUUUGCAGCUUUCUCUCAAAUAGCAAGCGACAUUAGUCAAAACGACGCCAUAGUAGCUACUCGGCCGUUAGGUUUCUAG